UUCUUUCUCACUGGGAGGCUUAGCAGUGCAGUUCCUGCCAUGGCUGCCUGCAGCGGGAAGCUGGAGCAGCACACGGAGCGGCGUGGUGUCAUCUACAGCCCAGCCUGGCCCCUCAAUUACCCGCCGGGCACCAACUGCAGCUGGUACAUCCAGGGCGACCGUGGGGACAUGAUCACCAUCAGCUUCCGCAGCUUUGAUGUGGAGGAGUCCCACCAGUGCUCCCUGGACUGGCUCAUGCUGGGCCCAGCAGCCCCGCCCCGCCAGGAGGCCUUCCGGCUCUGUGGCUCCGCCAUCCCGCCUGCCUUCAUCUCUGCACGGGACCACGUCUGGAUCUUCUUCCACUCCGAUGCCUCCAGCUCCGGCCAGGCGCAGGGCUUCCGUCUCUCGUACAUCCGAGGGAAGCUGGGCCAGGCGUCCUGCCAGGCUGACGAGUUCCACUGUGACAAUGGCAAGUGCCUGCCAGGCCCCUGGCAGUGUAACAGCGUGGACGAGUGUGGGGACAGCUCUGACGAGAGUAACUGCUCGGCACCUGCCUCUGAGCCACCAGGCAGCCUGUGCCCCGGUGGCACCUUCCCCUGCAGCGGGGCGCGCUCCACGCGCUGCCUCCCCGUGGAGCGGCGCUGUGACGGCGCGCAGGACUGCGGCGACAGCUCCGACGAGGCUGGCUGCCCGGACCUGGCGUGCGGCCGGCGGCUGGGCAGCUUCUAUGGCUCCUUCGCCUCUCCAGACCUGUUUGGUGCGGCCCGGGGGCCUUCGGACCUUCACUGCACGUGGCUGGUGGACACGCAGGACCCGCGGCGUGUGCUGCUGCAGCUGGAGCUGCGGCUGGGCUAUGAUGACUACGUGCAGGUGUACGAAGGCCUGGGCGAGCGUGGGGACCGCCUGCUGCAGACGCUGUCCUAUCGCAGCAACCACCGGCCCGUGAGCCUCGAGGCCGCCCAGGGCCGCCUCACCGUGGCCUACCACGCCCGCGCCCGCAGCGCCGGCCAUGGCUUCAAUGCCACCUACCAGGUGAAGGGCUACUGCCUCCCGUGGGAGCAGCCAUGUGGCAGCAGCAGCAGCAGCGAGGGGGACGCAGGGGACGCCGGGGAUCAGGGCUGCUUCUCAGAGCCCCAGCGCUGUGAUGGCUGGUGGCACUGUGCCAGCGGCCGUGACGAGCAGGGCUGCCCCGCCUGCCCGCCCGACCAGUACCCCUGCGAGGGUGGCAGCGGCCUGUGCUACCCGCCGGCCGACCGCUGCAACAACCAGAAAAGCUGCCCCGAUGGGGCCGACGAGAAGAACUGCUUCUCCUGCCAGCCCGGCACCUUCCACUGCGGGACCAACCUGUGCAUCUUUGAGACGUGGCGCUGUGACGGUCAGGAGGACUGCCAGGACGGCAGCGACGAGCACGGCUGCCUGGCCGCCGUGCCCCGCAAGGUCAUCACCGCCGCCCUCAUCGGCAGCCUCGUCUGCGGCCUGCUGCUCGUCAUAGCGCUGGGCUGCGCCUUCAAGCUCUACUCGCUGCGCACGCAGGAGUACAGGGCCUUUGAGACCCAGAUGACGCGCCUGGAGGCUGAGUUUGUGCGGCGGGAGGCACCCCCAUCCUACGGUCAGCUCAUCGCGCAGGGCCUCAUCCCCCCUGUGGAGGACUUUCCCGUCUACAGUGCAUCCCAGGCCUCGGUGCUACAGAACCUUCGCACGGCCAUGCGCCGACAGAUGCGCCGGCACGCCUCCCGCAGAGGACCCUCCCGCCGCCGCCUCGGCCGCCUCUGGAACAGGCUCUUCCACCGGCCGCGGGUGCCACGAGGCCAGAUCCCACUGCUGACCACCACGCGCACCUCCCAGACGGUGCUGGGCAAUGGGCUCCUCCAGCCCGCAGCAGGGGCCACCCCCAACCCGCCAGCCUCCCUUACAGACACAGGCAGCCCCGGGGCAGCUGCUGACCGGCUCCCCAGUGCCCCUGGCCACGCGCCUGAGAGGGAACCUUCAGUGCUGCUGCCCCCCUCGGGCCUGCAGGACUCAGAGAGCAGGCCCAUGGACAAGGACAGAAAGGCCUGCUGGGACAUUCCGGUGGACAGCCCAGCCCCUGUGGACAUGCCUCGGGAGCACUGCUCGGCCCAGGACCCCCACCCCCCAGCCCCCACUGCCAGCAGCACCCUUGGCACCCCCCCACCAGAGCCACUGGGUGUCUGCAGGAGCCCCCUGCCACCCUGCUCCCCCAUAUUGGAGGCCAGUGACGACGAGGCUCUGCUGGUCUGCUGACCUGCCGGACAUGCUGGAGACCGCCACAGCCCCGCUUUGUAACCAGGGAAUACACAGUCGUUUCUA